AUGAAGCGCCCAGCGGCGCGCACCGUGCGCGAGCCAGAGCCCAGAGCUCCAGGCCCCGCGGCGCCGGACGACCGCGCGGUCCGCAACCUCGUCAUCCUCGCGAACCCACGGAUGGUCUACCACCGCCGGGCGGCCACCACAGCCCCCGCGGCGGGAGGCCAGAGCCACAAACCCGGGCACGUCAUCGCGGCCGGGCUCGACCGCUACAUGCUGGACGUUGCGCGGACCGUGGACGGGUUCCGAGACGCCUCGCGGAUCAAGGAGCUCGCGGCGAAGGCCCACGACCGAUUCACGCUGGCGACACCCCCACGGACACCCCCGAAGGCGCCCCGGGCCGCGAAGCGCGCGGAGAGGACGGUGGAAGACGUGCUCGAGGGCAGGGACACGGCGCCUGCGGAGGAGGCGAAGACGUUCGACGAGGGGGGGCGUAUUACAACAUACGCCAAGCCCUGGGUCGCCGGGAUGCGCGCGAAGCCCGCGGCCGCCGCGCAGGACGCCGGGGACGCCGCCGCCGCCGCGCCGCCCCGCACCACCGCCGAGCAGGAGGCCUUUUUGGACGCCGACGCCGCCCCGCAGCGCGACCCCGCGAGGCCCGACAUCCGGAACCCGCGGCGACCGUACGACGCGCCGUGGCAGGUCAACAUGGCCACCGCGCCGCGCCGGCGCCGCGCGAGCGGCACGCAGUCGCUCCCCGGCUCGCCCAGCAAGUCGGCAGUGCCACCCGGGACCGAGCGCGCCGCGGCGACGGCGGGCGAGCAGGCCGGCGCGGGCGCCGAGGACGACCCGCUCGCGGAGCUGCGUUCGCGCACCGAGGCCAUCGCCGCCGCGGGCAAGCCGGGCGCGUCGGGCGGCGAGAGCAAGCCAACGAAGGAGGCGGUGCAUGCGUUUAUCGAGCGCAAGCGCCGGGAGCGUGCCGCGGAGGAGCGCCGGAAGCGCGAGGAGGGGCGCAAGGAGACGGAGGCGCGGCGGGCGGCGAUCGCGAAGAUCAACCGCGGGCAGAAGCGUCGCGCGCAGCGGGUGCUGGCGGUGCUGGCGGAGCAGGCGAAACUGGCGCGACGGCCGCCGCUGGACGUGCGGCCGCCGUGGCGCGGCGUGGAGGACACGGAGGAGUCGGACGCGCGGUCGCCGAAGGGCCGGCGUCAGGCGGAGGAGACCGCGGCGGCGGCGCGCGCGGCCGUGCAGGCUGUGCAGGCAGCGGGCGCCGGCGGCGACAGCGGCACCGACGUUGCGUCGAUGCUUGCGACGCUGGCUGCGAGACUGACCGAGCGGAUCUCGCAGGUGUCGGAGAUGCUGCCGGCGAUCGCGGAGAUCGCGCGCGCGGGCCCGGACGCGAGCACGGACGAGGACGCGUCGGACGUGGCGUCCUCGGCCGCGGAGGCAGUCGAGGAAUCCGCGUCCCCCGGAGUCGAGGAUUCCUCGAUCGCCCGGGACCCGUCCCCGAAGACUGCACGCAGCGCGCCGGCGGACGACGCGCGCACGCCGUCGCCGCGGCGCGUGCGCUUCCCGGACGAGGACAGCGACGCCGCGAGCGAGCCCGAGGCGCCGCAGCGCGCCACGGCAACAACAGAUGCCGAAGCUUCGCCCACCAGCGAAGUGCUGCCUGGCCGCGUGCUCGCGCCGGGCGACUACGUCGACUCCGGCAUCCUCGACGAGUCGGACCCGCAGCCGGCGGACGGUCCGCCGGCUCAGGUGCUGACGUCGGACCAGCCGGACAUUGUGUUUGCUGCCGGCGACCAGGGGGAGUCGCGACCGGACUCCCCCGCUUCGUUCGAGGUGGGCACGGAGCCCGCGCCCGUCGCGACGGCCGACGCGGGCACUCAGGCGCGCGAGCUGGAGAGCACCGCGGUCCAGACGGCCGCGGAGCCGCAGCCGGUGCCGGAGGUGCGGUCGGAGCCGAGCGAGCCGUCAGUUGCAAGUCGAAUCGCGGAACCACAACACAGCGACGCAGCGCCGAGUGAGGCAGCGCACGAGCCGCUCGCGGCGGAGCCGUCGUUCGCGCCGAAGGACGCGGAGCCCGAGGGCGCCCCCGAGGAGCCGUACAGCCCCGUCGCGGCGCGCGCGGCGCGCCUGCCGGAGACGGCAGCGGCCGCGCAGAGUGACGGCAGCGGGCGGCCGCGGCUGUCGCCCGACGCGCUCGAGAUGGCCUUCUCGCGCGCCAUGGACCGCCUCAUCGCGGUCGCGGAGGCCGAGCGCGAGCUGGACGCCGCGGCCGCGACGCAGGAGGUCGCGACCGCCCAGGAGGAGGCGCGCGCGGUCCUGGACGAGUUGCAGCGCGUGGGCCGCGAGCAGGAGCACGCGGCGCAGCUGCGCGACCUCGAGUCGCUGAUGCGCGAGCAGGCGCACGAGAUGGCCGCGGCGGCGCGCUCCGAGGCCGAGUCCCGCGGCCAGACAACGGUCGCCGAGGUCGCGGGACACUUUGUGGAGUAUCUAGAACGGCACUCGCACGCGGAGUCUCUGCACCUGCACAUGCAGCAGGCGGCGCUCGCGGAGGCGCGCGACCAGCGGGAGUCCGCGGUGCAGCAGCAGAUCGAGGCGCUCGUCGAGCGCGUCGAGAACAUGCAGCGCGAGGCGCACUCCGUGGAGGAGCACCUGGCAGAGGUGAUGCGCGCAGCGGUCGGCGCGCACGCGGACGCGGCGGAGCGGGCGGUGGGCGAGGUGCGCGGGGAGGCGCGGGAGGCGCGGGACGCGUGGGCGGCGGCGUUGGCGCGCGCGGAGGAGUCGAGGGCGGCGAUGGAGGGCAGUGUGGCGGCGCGGCUGCGCGACGAGCGGGAGGCGCUGACGGCGAUGGCGGCGGUGCUGCGGGACGGGAUGGGCGAGUCGCGCCGGGCGCUCGAGGAGCAGCUGGCGCGCGGGCUCGCGGACGCCACGGCGCGACUGGAUGUGCUCGCGACAGAGAAGAGCGCGCUGGAGGCCAAGCUGGGGGAGGUGGCGUCGGGGAUCGCGCAGGAGCAGCGGGCGCUCGAGGGCGCGGUGGCGGAGCGGAUCGCGCGGGCGCUGGAGGCGGCGGCGGGGCAGCGGGCGUCGGCGGCGGCGGCGCGCGCCGCGGUGUUGGCCCAGGGCCCGCCGUCGCCGCGACCGCCGCUGCACCCGUCGGCGUCGCGCCUGCGGCCCGCGAUCGCGGCGCAGCAGUCCGAGCUGUCGGACGUGUACUCGAUGGACUUCGAGGAAGCGUCUCAGCUGGAAACAGCCGUCGCGCACGCGGCGGCGACGCAGAGCAUCGCGGAGGACAGCCUGCCGCCGACGCACCUGAGCGUGACGAGCGAGGUCUCCGAGGAAGUCCCGGACACGCCCGUGCAGCGCCGGCCGGCGGCACCGAGCCCUCCCGCGACGCCCCCGGCCCGCAGGCGCCCUCUGCCGCCGGCGGGCGCCCCCGGGGAGACCGAGGCGCUGCUGGACGCGCUGGUCGGCGAGGCCGAGCAGCACGCCGCGGACGAGCGCGCCGCGCUCGAAAAGCACCUCGCCGCCGUGCGCGCGCGCGCCGCAGAGCGCCGCGCGGACAUCGAGGCGCGCAUGGUCGAUGAGGACGACCCCGGGCAGCGCCGGCGGCUGGCCGCCGCGCUCGACCUGCUGCGGCAGGAGGUGGCGUCCGAGGAGGAGCACGUCGCGCGCACGGUCGCCGACUCCGCGGACCGCCUCGCGAAGCAGCGCGCGAAGUGGGAGGCGUCGCUGGGGCUCCCGGUGACGCCCCCGCGGCCCGCACGGCCGCAGAGGGACGCGGAGGAGGUGCUCGCGGAGGUCGAGGACGCGGUCGCGGCGGAGGCGGCGUCGGCGGAGCCGUCGGAGCUGCCGUCAGGCGAGGUGGAGUACUCGGUAAGUAGAAGCGCUGUCAGUCAGUCGGACCGCGCCGCGGCGUCGGUCAGCUCGGGCCCGGGCGGCCUCGCGCAGCUCCGCGGGAUCGAGGACCUCGCUGCGGCGAGCUCCUCCGGCGCCCCGCUGUCCUCCGGGGGAGUGCAGGAGUCGGAGCGGACAGAGGCGGGGUCUUCACUCCCCGGGGGGGAGUCCAGCGUGGACGAGGACGCCGUGAUCGUGAUGGACUCGCACGGGGACGUGGCGCGCAGCGUGAGCGACGACGACAGCGCCUCGGAGCUCCCGGGCUCGGGCGAGCCCGCCAGCAGCUCGGGGGGGUAUUCUGAGGACUUCGAGGGGUCAUCAUCGACACCCCCCCCGUCUUCGGGGCCGUCCGUGCCGCUUCGCGCGGCGCCGGAGGCUGCACCGGGAGCGUCCGGGGCGCUCGCGGGCCUCCACUUCGUCGACGACCUCGACUGGGCGGACGCGAAACCUGACAGCGGCGCUCCGUCCGACUCGAGGCGCACGUCCCCCGCGCCGGGCACCGCGCCGUCCGCGACGCCCGACGGCGCGUCCUCCGCGGACCUCCUCGCCGAGCGCAGCGCCGAGCUCGAGCGCCAGCUCGCGGCGCUGCAGCGCGAGAAGCAUCAGCGGGAGCAAGAGCUGGAGAAACUGCGCCGAAAGGUCGGCGUGCAGGAGAAGGAGCGGCUCCUGGAGCAGCUCCGUGCGCAGGAGCUCCCGCGCAUCGAGGAGGAGAUCGCCCGGCAGCGCGCGCUCCUCGAGGCCGCGCAACAGCAGGCUUCGACGCAGGUGCGCACAGAGGCCGCCCCUGAGGUCGCCGCGCCCGUCGCGGUCCCCGAGGAGCCCGUGUCCGUCCCCGAGGAGCCCGUGUCCGCGAGCGAGGAGCCCCGCGCGGCCCCUGAGAGCGCUGACCUGGUGGUGCGCAUCGCGGACGCUUCCGAGGAUGAGGAGGAUGUAGCGCCCGCUGCGCCGUCCGGAAUCACCCGGCAGGUGUCUCACGCGAUUGACCACCGCGUUUCGGGCCUGGACGUCUCGGAUGCGGAGAGUAUCGAGGCGGAGGAGCUUCCGAGCGAGUCGGAGUCGCCGCAACACGCGCUGCGAGGGGGAGCUGGCGCGGAGGGUCCGGCGUCGCCGCCGAUGCGCACGUCUUCGAUCGCGUGGGACGACGAGGAGACUCCGCGGCCGCUGCACGAGUCGAGCGCGGCGUACAGCGAGACGUUUGAGGCGCCCCCGUCGCCAGCGGCGGCGACACAGGGCGCAGACGCGUCCGAGGGCCGGGCGGCCGCGCCGGCGCCGGCGGAGGCCGCGCGCGAGGUCUCCGCGGACGAGAUCGCGGAGGUGCUGCCUGAGGCGGAGGCGUCGGAUGCCCGGGGCGCGAGCGCGGCGCCGGAACCCGCGACGAAGGAGGAAGAGGGGGCAGAGGUGAAAAAGGAGUCUUCAAUUCCCGAAUCUCCAGCCGCGGCUGCACAGGUCGAGGCGGCAGGCGCCGAGGAGCAGUCCACGGACGUCGCGCUCGCCGGCGACGCCGGCUCGGAGCGCCCCAAGGAGGAGGAGUCCCUCGAACUCCCCCUCGAGGCCUCCGGGGGUGUCUUCUCGCCCGACUCGUCCGUCAUGAGCAGCAGCAGCGACGAGGCGAGCGACGACGACGCCCCCGACGCCCCCGCCUCCUCCUCAUCCUCCUCCGACGCCAGCGGCGACGCCCAGCCCCCGGAAGCUCUCGCAGGCCUGUUGAAAGCAGAGGCGUCAGAACUCGACGUGUCCGCGGCGAGCCUGGGCCGCGCGGACCUGGACCGGCAGCCGAGCAUGGAGGCGAGCUACAGCGUCGAGCUCCAGGAGCCCGAUGACCCCGACAACGUCGACAGCGGCGGGUACACCAUAUGGGCGGAAGACUCGAUCGCGUCGAGUGUCGACAUGUCCGCCGAGGGCCUCGCGUCGCCGCUGCCGAGCCUGACGGCGACGGCGGCAGCGGCGGCCGUUGCGGCGGCGGCGGCGGCGGAGGGCGGCGGUGUCGCGGCGCAGGUGGAGGCUUUUGUGGAUGCAGUGAUCGAUCAAGAGGUGUGCGCGGGUAUCGCGGACAGGGCGCGGGCGGCGCGGCCGCUGUCGCCGACGGAGCUCGGGGACGUGGCGAUGCCGCUGGACGAGGCGUCGGCGCCGUCCGGGGACUCUGCGAGCGAGGGGAGUGCCCCCGCGGAGGAGGGGGAGGGUGCGGUGGCGGUGGAGGCGGCGGACGGGGCGCCGGGGGACGUGGACAUGGGCGAGGAGCUCGCCGCGGCGUACGUCGGGCGCGUCUUGGACCGCGCGGAGGAGCUGUGGCGCGACGCGGGCUGCCCGCCGCUGGACGCGGCCCUCGCGGAGGCGCUCCUGCCGCGCAUGGACGUCGCGGAAUACCUCUCGCUCGAGCGCAACGCCCCCGAGGUCACCGACGGCCAGCACAUAUACAACAAGCAUCUGUACGACUGUGCAUGCGAGGCUCUCGGACGGCACCUGAAGGCCCGCAACCGCGGCAUCGCCGCGCGCAUGGGUCUCCGGGGCCAGCUCGCGACCCCCGAGGGGUGGGCGGAGGUCCGGCGCGCCGUGACGGGCGAGGUGGUGCGGUGGGCGCAGAUGGCGGCCGGGGUGGAGAGCGCGGCGACGGCGGGGGCGGAGUUCGUGGAGGCGAUGGUCGUGGAGGACAUGGGCGCGGAGGAGGAGGAGCUGGACAGCGAGGCGGAGCUGGAGCUCAGGGCGGAGGUGCUGGCGAGCGCCGUCGAGGACAUCUGGGCUCAGCUGGUCGACGAGGCCGUGGCGGUGGUGGGUCUUUCGGGGCGUCGGUAG